AUGGUUUUAUAUGUUUAUUUGAACAAUAUAAAAUAUAAAGUGUUAUUAGAAACAUAUCAAGUUCAUUAAUACUUGUUUUUGAAAAUUCUAUAUUUUUAUAUUUAUAGAUAUUUAUAGAUUGAAAAUUCUGUAUUUAUAUAUUUAUAGAUAUUUAUAGAUUAAAAAUUCUAUAUUUAUAUAUUUAUAAACAUUUAUAGAUUGAAAAUUCUAUAUUUAUAUAUUUAUAGAUAUUUAUAAAUUCAAAAUUCUAUAUUUAUAAAUUUAUUCUUCUUCUCAACAUCGUGUCAUAUCAAAUAUAGUUUUCUGUAUUUGCUUGAACAGAACGUGCGGACACCUAACCUCAAAUAUAAAACGCUUAAUAUUUUGGAAAACAAUAGAAAUCAAAGCUUUGUAAUCCUGCGUGCUCUUGUAUUUAUUUUCACUUAUACUGUUUUUAACACAGGUACUUAUAAUAAAUUAUGUAAUUAAUAUAUAAAAAUUAUAAAUUGAAUAAAUUUUAUUACGUUUUUCAGUUAUGUGAUUUGUAGAAAUAAAUAUAUAUGUUCCAGAUUUAUAUAUUUUAAAGAUUGUUGCGAUACAAUUAAUAAUGAUUCCAAAAUAUGCCAAACGAAGUUAUAUUUUAGAUAAACUUCAUAGAGGGUGUGUAAUGGUAUUAAUGGGUCUUACAGUAGUUUCUGGAGCAGCUUUAGUAUAUAAAGGAUAUAUUUAUUUUAAAUAUGUUCGACCAGCAUUACGAGAAAUGCAAGUGAAGAAUAAUGAAGAAUUGUUAAAAGAAGGAAAAUAUACAGCAGCUGUUAGUUAAAAUAAAAGUAGAUGCUAACAAACUAAAAUAAUAAUUUAAGUAAAAUGUUUAGAAUUAUUUUCAAUGUAUUUAUUUUAAAUGUUUUAAAGAACAUUAUUAUAUUCAAUAAAUUUAAAUUGUAGAUGGUGAAUAAAGUAUUUGUCAAAUUAUGAAAGAAAAAAGUAUAUUUAUGUAUGUGUAACGUAAAAUUCAUAUUAUUUUUACAGUUUUAAUUUAUUUGUCAGAAUUUUGUUGUACAAUGCCAUUUAAAUCAAUAUAAAAAAAAAUAUCACGAGCUUAUACCCUGAAUAAUUUUAAAUUAACAAAUGUUUUAUAUUUUACUUUUACAAUUAUUGUAUCUUUAUCUGAUUACUUGUUAUAUUAAACUUUUUAGUGCUUUAUUUCUAUCAUUAUUAAUAAGGUACUAUUAAAAAUUAAAUAUAGAUUGUAGUAUGAAAGUACUCUUUAUAAAUGCCAUUAUUUUCCUUGUUAAAAUAUUAAUUUUGAUAAAAGUUUUUUUUAUAAUAAUUACCAAUCUCUACAUUAUUAAAUAAAAAACUAAUAAAUUUAUUUAAUAAACAUUUACAGAAUAUUAUUAUAUUUACAUUGUUGGCAAAUAUUGAAUAA